UGCGUGAUGACGCAAGGACGUGCGCUCGGUGGCUCAUUGGGGAAGAUGGCGGCUGCAGUUUUGGAGGAGAGGGAUUGAGAGGGGAGGAGGAAGGAGUCUGGAGAAUAGAGACGUUCCCAACUGUGAAGACGAACGCUUCGCUCGCCGUUAGGAGCUCUGCUCAACGCCUGACGUGUACUAGAAGGACAACAUCACCAUGGCCACAGAAAUUGGUUCUCCUCCUCGUUUUUUCCAUAUGCCACGGUUCCAACACCAGGCACCUCGACAACUAUUUUAUAAACGACCUGACUUCGCACAGCAGCAAGCAAUGCAGCAGCUUACCUUUGAUGGAAAACGAAUGAGAAAAGCUGUAAACCGAAAAACCAUAGACUAUAAUCCAUCUGUAAUUAAGUAUUUAGAGAAUAGAAUAUGGCAAAGAGACCAGAGAGAUAUGAGGGCAAUUCAGCCUGAUGCAGGUUAUUAUAAUGAUCUGGUUCCACCUAUAGGAAUGUUGAAUAAUCCUAUGAAUGCAGUAACAACAAAGUUUGUUCGGACAUCAACAAAUAAAGUAAAGUGUCCAGUAUUUGUUGUCAGGUGGACUCCAGAAGGAAGACGGUUGGUUACCGGAGCUUCUAGUGGAGAGUUCACCUUGUGGAAUGGACUCACUUUCAAUUUUGAAACAAUUUUACAGGCUCACGAUAGCCCAGUGAGGGCCAUGACUUGGUCACAUAAUGACAUGUGGAUGUUGACAGCAGACCACGGAGGAUAUGUGAAAUAUUGGCAGUCGAACAUGAACAACGUCAAGAUGUUCCAGGCACAUAAGGAGGCGAUUAGAGAGGCCAGUUUCUCACCCACGGAUAAUAAAUUUGCUACAUGCUCUGAUGACGGCACUGUUAGAAUCUGGGACUUUCUUCGUUGCCAUGAGGAAAGAAUUCUCCGAGGGCAUGGUGCUGAUGUGAAAUGUGUAGACUGGCAUCCAACCAAAGGGUUAGUUGUUUCAGGAAGUAAAGAUAGUCAACAGCCAAUCAAGUUCUGGGAUCCCAAGACUGGGCAGAGUCUUGCAACACUUCAUGCCCAUAAAAACACUGUAAUGGAAGUGAAAUUAAACCUCAAUGGCAAUUGGCUACUCACAGCAUCACGUGACCAUCUCUGUAAACUUUUUGACAUUCGAAACCUGAAAGAAGAGCUUCAAGUCUUCCGAGGUCAUAAGAAAGAAGCCACAGCUGUGGCCUGGCAUCCUGUUCAUGAGGGACUUUUUGCCAGUGGAGGAUCAGAUGGUUCUUUGUUAUUCUGGCAUGUUGGAGUAGAAAAGGAGGUGGGUGGGAUGGAGAUGGCUCAUGAAGGAAUGAUCUGGAGUCUGGCCUGGCAUCCUCUUGGACAUAUUCUCUGCUCAGGCUCAAAUGACCACACUAGCAAAUUCUGGACUCGAAACCGACCAGGUGAUAAAAUGCGAGAUCGAUAUAAUCUAAACCUGUUACCUGGAAUGUCUGAAGAUGGAGUAGAAUAUGAUGACCUUGAACCUAAUAGCCUGGCAGUGAUUCCAGGGAUGGGAAUACCAGAACAACUAAAAUUAGCUAUGGAACAAGAGCAGAUGGGGAAGGAUGAAUCAAAUGAAAUUGAAAUGACAAUUCCAGGUUUAGAUUGGGGAAUGGAGGAGGUGAUGCAAAAGGAUCAGAAAAAAGUACCUCAGAAGAAAGUCCCUUAUGCAAAACCUAUUCCUGCUCAGUUCCAGCAGGCCUGGAUGCAAAAUAAAGUACCCAUCCCUGCUCCAAAUGAGGUGCUGAAUGACAGAAAAGAAGACAUUAAAUUGGAAGAGAAGAAAAAAACACAAGCAGAAAUUGAGCAAGAAAUGGCCACAUUACAAUAUACCAAUCCACAGCUUUUGGAGCAACUUAAAAUUGAAAGACUUGCGCAGAAACAGGCUGAGCAAAUUCAGCCCCCUCCCUCAUCUGGCACCCCUCUCCUUGGACCCCAGCCCUUUCCAGGACAAGGUCCAAUGUCUCAGAUUCCUCAAGGUUUUCAGCAGCCCCAUCCAUCUCAGCAGAUGCCAAUGAACAUGGCUCAGAUGGGGCCUCCAGGUCCACAGGGACAGUUUAGACCCCCGGGACCUCAGGGACAAAUGGGACCACAAGGUCCUCCACUGCAUCAGGGAGGUGGGGGUCCACAAGGAUUCAUGGGACCACAGGGGCCCCAGGGCCCACCCCAGGGGCUCCCAAGGCCUCAGGACAUGCAUGGACCCCAAGGAAUGCAGAGGCACCCUGGACCUCAUGGCCCUUUGGGACCUCAGGGGCCACCUGGACCACAGGGUAGUUCUGGUCCUCAAGGUCAUAUGGGUCCUCAGGGUCCACCUGGCCCACAGGGUCACAUAGGCCCUCAAGGCCCACCUGGUCCCCAGGGCCACUUGGGCCCACAGGGGCCUCCUGGUACUCAAGGUAUGCAGGGACCACCUGGUCCCAGAGGAAUGCAAGGACCUCCACAUCCUCAUGGAAUACAAGGUGGACCAGGGUCUCAAGGAAUCCAAGGUCCUGUGUCUCAGGGACCUCUAAUGGGAUUGAAUCCAAGAGGAAUGCAGGGGCCUCCAGGUCCCCGAGAGAAUCAGGGUCCUGCUCCCCAAGGGAUGAUGAUGGGCCACCCACCUCAAGAGAUGAGAGGACCUCACCCUCCAAGUGGACUGCUGGGACAUGGCCCUCAGGAAAUGAGAGGUCCUCAGGAGAUGAGAGGCAUGCAGGGGCCUCCACCCCAAGGAUCAAUGCUGGGCCCUCCCCAGGAACUGCGAGGUCCUCCAGGCUCACAAGGUCAGCAGGGGCCGCCCCAGGGCUCUUUGGGACCUCCACCCCAGGGUGGCAUGCAAGGGCCCCCUGGACCUCAGGGACAGCAGAACCCGGCAAGAGGGCCACAUCCAUCUCAAGGGCCAAUACCAUUCCAGCAGCAGAAAACACCACUGCUAGGUGAUGGGCCCCGGGCCCCCUUCAAUCAGGAAGGACAAAGUACAGGCCCCCCACCCCUCAUACCAGGCUUAGGACAACAGGGAGCACAAGGCCGCAUCCCCCCUCUGAAUCCUGGACAAGGACCUGGCCCUAACAAAGGUGACUCCCGUGGCCCUCCAAACCAUCACCUGGGCCCGAUGUCAGAGAGGCGGCAUGAGCAGAGUGGUGGCCCUGAGCAUGGGCCUGAGAGAGGGCCUUUUCGGGGUGGCCAGGACUGCAGGGGUCCCCCUGACAGGCGUGGCCCUCACCCUGACUUCCCUGAUGACUUCAGCAGACCUGACGACUUCCACCCCGACAAGCGCUUUGGCCACCGCUUACGUGAAUUUGAGGGGCGAGGAGGACCUUUGCCACAGGAAGAGAAGUGGAGGCGAGGGGGCCCUGGGCCUCCGUUUCCUCCUGAUCACAGGGAAUUCAGCGAGGGAGAUGGCCGGGGUGCAGCCCGAGGUCCUCCAGGGGCAUGGGAAGGCCGCAGACCUGGAGAGGAGCGCUUCCCUCGGGAACCCGAGGACCCACGUUUUCGAGGGCGCAGAGAAGAAAGCUUCAGAAGAGGAGCACCACCGAGACAUGAGGGCCGUGCCCCACCCAGAGGAAGGGAUGGUUUUCCUGGUCCUGAAGACUUUGGUCCAGAGGAGAAUUUUGAUGCUUCUGAUGAGGCGGCCAGAGCACGAGAUCUCCGAGGCCGAGGUCGGGGUGCCCCACGAGGAGGAAGGAAAGGCUUACUUCCCACCCCUGAUGAGUUCCCUCGAUUUGAAGGAGGACGGAAGCCAGACUCCUGGGACGGAAACCGAGAGCCAGGACCAGGUCAUGAACAUUUCCGUGAUGCUCCCCGCCCUGAUCAUCCCCCUCAUGACGGUCAUUCCCCAGCCAGCAGAGAACGCUCUUCUUCUCUACAAGGCAUGGACAUGGCAUCCCUGCCACCCCGAAAGCGCCCCUGGCAUGAUGGGCCAGGCACUUCUGAGCACAGAGAGAUGGAAGCCCCAGGGGGCCCUUCUGAGGACCGAGGAGGCAAAGGCCGAGGUGGCCCGGGACCUUCUCAGAGAGUGCCAAAAUCUGGGCGUUCCAGCUCUUUGGAUGGAGACCAUCACGAUGGAUACCAUAGAGACGAACCUUUUGGGGGUCCUCCGGGCAGUGGCACCCCCUCUCGAGGGGGCCGGAGUGGGAGUAACUGGGGUAGAGGGAGCAACAUGAACUCUGGCCCUCCAAGGCGAGGUGCUUCAAGGGGUGGUGGAAGGGGUCGGUAGAAGUGGGGACCGAGUACCACUAGGCCUCUCUGGACAGUAUUUAAGAACUUGUGGACUUACCAAGUGAAACACAAGGAAGCCCGCAUCAUUGUAGCCCUGAACUCUUCUGGGGUAGCUGAGUCCCAGGAGCCCCUCAUGAGGUCUUCAAGAUGAAGAGACUGCUGCCAGCUACCCAGAGUAGCUAGACUUGUUUUGUCCUGUCCACCCUCAUUGCCCCAACUCCCAUGUUGUUUUGUGAAGAUAAAGCUGGAAACCUUUUUUUUUUUUUUUUUUUUUAAGUGUCAUGAGACAUGGAGCACCUCCACAACUUUAAGUUCAUGUCCAAUUGGAAAUUUGUUUCUAUAUAUGUACAGUUUGUCAGAGAAAAAGCAUUGUUGUUUUUGUAUGAAUACAGAAUGUGAUUUACGCAAGAAUUAACAGAAAACCAGUCGUGAAGUGCUUGACUUAAUGGAAUCUUUGGUAAUCCAUUGUAUCUAAUCUGUUGAGGCUUAUAGUUAUUACUGAUGUUCAUGAGCAGACUUAAUGGGAACUGGUAGGUCAUCUAAUUUCAUUUGUGAACUUGUGUUUUUUAACAAAUUCUCAUCUAGAUAUUCUCUCACACUGUUUUUAUUGUAUAGUGAGGAAUAGUUUAAAACUAAUGUAGUUCAGAAGCCUAAGUGAUUUGGCAGAUGGAAAAUUAUUAUAUUUUUAAGAAAAAAAUUCAUCUGGUUGUUCUGGUAGGGGCUCUGGGGCACAUCUGGUAUUCACACUUUAGAUUUGAAUUGCUUUAUUUGAUGAGAAUUUGGUAUAAGUCAUAUACCCUUUUGGUAACUUUAAAACCAUUUCACACACUAAGUUGAAAAGGGACUGAAAUUUGUUUUACAAAACGUAAAUUCUUCCAUACUAGCUUUGUGGAAAUACUAAUGUUUAAGGUAGAGAAUAGAUCUAACUUAGAUUAAGACAAAAAUUCAGUUUUAGAUAUCCCUUUUUAUGCUGGUGAUUUUAUAAGUAAGCUUUUUAUUACUAAAAGCAGUCCUGUAGCUGCCUUAACAUUUCAUUACAUUGCUAGCUUGUUUGGCAGUGGAGACAGGUGUACUUGGCAGACUUAGUAGUGCUGGAAGUCUGAAUGGUUGCUUAGGAAAGGGAUACUGACAUAGUUGGAUGGCAUACAGAAAUAGUAACUGGUUCUAUUAAUGGGAAAAAUGAUAAAGGUCAAGUUAUUUCUGUGGCAUGAGAAAACGUUGAGUACCUACACUGUUUUUUGGGUUACUACAACCUAAAAAUUCCAAGUAAAUCUCAUUUUACUUCAAAAUUAAAAACAAUUAUCUGUACCCUACUAUUAACACACUAUUAGGAGAAUCAAGAUUGCUUCAGGUUUGUGGAUAUAUUUUAUUUGUUCUCCACUAGUAUAGCAUUAAAAAAAGAAAUCAUAAUCAAAUUUCAGGAAGCUAAAAGGAUCCAGAGACCAAAUCCUUAUAGAGAUUAAGUACCUUUCCUUCAUGUGGAAUUAUUAACAUUUUAGAGUUUAACUUUAAAAAUAGUUCCUGGGAAAGCAGAUAACCAGAUCACAUUUUGAGAAUGAAUUCAUUUAGAGAAAGCAGAAAUCUUGACAGUAUACCUUUAUUAAAAUACUCAGAAAUAUAGUAUAUAUGGCAUUUUAAAACAUCACUGUCCAAAUAAAUACAAGAUAUGGUGGUUUGAAUUUUUUAAAAACUAGAUUUUCAAUGAAUUGAGAAAAUGCUGGAAACUUUUUUUUGGCUGUACUAGGGAUCCACCCAGGGCCUCAGGCAUGCUGGGCAAGCUUUCUACCACUGAGCUAUGUCCCCAGUCCUUUUUUGUACUUUAUUUAGAGACAGGGUCUCACUGAGU